AUUUUCUUUACUGAUUUUAUAUUAUCCUAAUCGACGAGUAUGAUGUCUUAGCUUUCAUUUUAAGGAGAUCAACAAGUUGAAAAAUAUUUAUUUUAAUAUUUUGCAAAAGAGAAAUUGAAUAGCCCACAGUUAAUUGAUAGAAAAUAUCAGUUAUUAACAUAACUAACCUAUAAAACGAAAUUUCUCUUAAGAUGAUUUCAGUGUUUACUAGCUAACCGACAAUUUUUCUGUGUAUUUAAACCAUACUAAUUACCAGUGAGCAUUUGAGGAGUACCUAGAACACAAACAGUCUAUGUGAAAAGAUCGAAAAAUUUCUCUCAGUGUACAAAAUUUAAAGUACCUGCCAAAGGUUUGCGCACCAUUGACAUAUAUCGUAGAAAUGCUGUAAAUUCUUUUAUUUGUUUGCGAAAACUCUCUGAGAUGUGCCGUGAAGGUCCAGCACACACAUAGCAACAACAUUUCGCAGGUGAUUGGCAGAGAAAUUGUGUGAACAGUUGGCAACAGGUAAACAGCGACGACUGGAAUAGCGAACUGUUAACUGUGGAUGAUCGAGCUAAACGUCAGAUGGAGUGAGCAGAGAUUAAAGUGAGGUGUUAGAGAGGGGUAUGGUUACAAUAAAACAUGUUUCUUCUUAUUGGCAUUUCAAGCUUUUUUACAUAAAAAUGUGGCACCCAUUGAGUUUUACAAAUGCGAUGGCUGGUAAUUGUUCAGCGAAUGUGUGUGUGUGUGUACUUGUAUGCAUACGUGUUGGUUGAUAUUUGGUUAACAGCUUGUGUGCGCAAAUUGACAAUGCGCGCGCUUGGAGAAACCGAUGAGAGCGGCGGCAAGCGAAGAAGCUGCGCUGAGGUAGAGGUGCGCAAGAACAGCUGAGUUGAGUCGCUUUUGGUGUUGCUGAGGCCAUGGAGUGCGGCAUUCUAUAGCUGACAAGUGAACAUUUAAAGUGUUUGGGUUUUUAUUGCUUCACUUUAAUGUUUUGCUGGCAUGCCAAUUGCAGCAGUAAAGGCGCUGCCAACAAAUACAAUAGCAAAAACAACAACAUCAAUAACAUACGUACAAUAACAAAAACCAUAAUGUAGCAUAACAAUGAAGUAUCGUCGAAACCUGCUGCUUGGCUGGCUUUGCGCACCAACCGGUGUUUCGAGGCACCAGAUUCAAUUUGUAUUUACAUUCAUGCCGAUAGGUUAGUCAGUUUUCAAGUGCGGUCUGAGCGUGUUGUGCGGCGCGGCAAAAAUCGAGAGCGAAUAUCAUCAGUAGCAAUAGCAAUAACAGUGCCAAUAAGCUGAACGCUUUGUGCAGUUGGCGAACGAUAGUUGAAUGCAGCUGUUGGCGAUUGCGGCAUACUAAUUUUUUCGCGCACUUAAAAUAACCGUUAAAGCGACAAAGCGUAGAAUUCGAAAAGAAUAGCGAACGAAAUGAAUAGCUUAUAAAAAAUAAGGUUGGCGGUGUUAGCUUAAAAUUCCAGUUAAUUUACAAAUUAUAUGUGUGAUUUAUAGAGAAACCAGUAAAUAAAUCUUACAAAUACAGUGGCGAUUUGCACUGAAAGUAACUUGAUACGGUGAUGUACACACCAGCAAUAACAUUAACAAUUAAGAAAACGAUAAAAAGGUGUCAGGCGCGUUGUGAAUAAAUUAAGCGCCAGUGGAGUUCUUGAAAGUCGUUUAGAUAAGGGAAUGUCGCAAAUGUUUGUCUAAAAACCUUGCUUUUCGGCGCAAAAUACGUCGAAGAUAAUCGAAGUAUAUAAAAUUAAAAAGUCUACAAAGUCUCCAAAACACACGAAAAUCUAACAAAUUGCAUAAAUAUUGUCAGAAAUGCUUUAGCGAGUUAACCAAAGUAGAAAAAGUAAUUUGCAGAACUCUACACAAAAGUCUACAAUAUCACAGAAAUGACAAAUAAUGAAUAUUAUAUUUAAAUAACUCACACUAUAACUUAAUUUUCAUUAAAAAUUACAAAAAUACUAAUCAUAAACUGGAAAGUCGCCUACGUCAAGUUACGUAAUCUGAAUUCAAUAAAAAGAACACCCAACCAACAACGAAACCUAAAUUUACAAACACAAAGUGAAUGUUUAAAAGUCUUAUAGAAUUAAAAUUCAAGUAUAGUAUUCGAGUAAAACUUAUUAAAACCGGAAAAGCAGUACAACAUGUCUGCAAUGGUAGCUCUACGUCGCUUCAUCGAUCUACUACUCUUUGUAAUACUGGUUGCCGUCGAAGUCGCCUUGCGACAAUGGAUACCGCCACAAAAGCGCGGCUUCUUUUGCGGCGACGAGUCGUUGCAAUAUCCUUUUACUGGCACACAAACUAUAGGGUUUGUAGCGCUAUGUAUUAUAAUCUUCGGCAUACCAUUCUUCGUCAUAUUUGUUGUCGAACUCUUUCGCCAAUUAUCACAUAGUCGCGGCAAGAAACAACAUGCAUCACAAGAUGCCGCAAACGAGUCGUGUCACUGUGGGCGUCGUUGGAAGAAUAUCUACGCACAAAUAGGCUACUAUUUGCUUGGCUUACUAAUGACACUAGUCACUACAGAGAUAGGGAAGCGUUCGAUCGGUCGUUUGCGUCCGUACUUCUUCAGCAUCUGCAAGCCGCGUUUUAGCGACGGCACCAACUGCGACUUCGAUCAGAAUCAAGGUCAUUACUUCACCGACUACAAAUGCGAAAGUGAUGUGAGUCAAAGGAUGAUGGCUGAAAUGGCAAUGUCCUUCCCUAGUGGACACUCUUCGACCGUCUUUUAUGCCAUGAUCUAUAUAGCGCUCUACUUGCAAGUGGCGCUGAGCACACGCGGCUCCAAGCUACUCAAGCAUUUACUGCAAUUCAGCGCCGUAAUGUUGGCUUGGUAUGUGGCGUUGACACGCAUCAACGAUCACUGGCACCACUGGUCCGAUGUGUUGGUGGGUAUAUUGUUGGGCUCUUUAUUUGCUUGGUUGGUGGCACGUUAUGUGGCCAAGUUUUUUGAGGGCCGUUGCUCAACGUCUUCUGCGGUGGCGUCGAAAAUCUUAGUGCACUCCGGUUUGGCAGCUGCGUCGGCGCAAUCGGCGACGCCAGUCUUGCCCGCGUACACAUUUGGCAGUGUGCCGUAUCUGCAGCACCACGGACCGAAUCACGCCGCCUACGGUCAGACAUACCACAACUAUGGUUACGUGCCGUAAAACGGGCUUUUGGAAGAGGCGGCGAAAUGUAAACAUAUAAUGAAACGCACGUACAUACACACAUGUGGCAGCAGCAGUGGCGGUGGUUCAAUAUACAACAAACUUAAGAAAUGUCUGGAAAUGCAGUUGAGCUGCAGUGAAAGCCAUUGCAAUUUUGUUAUUAUUUGUAUUUUUUUUUGUUUUUUUAAAUUUUUUUUAAUUUUAAUUUCGCAAUGCACGCAUGUGGCAUUGGAAUUCGUGUAGCAAAGAGAAAUUCUGCAAACAAUUGUAUGCAUGUCUACAUGUAUUGCAGAAUUUCACAGUUGAAUGAUUUUGUUGAGGUCUGCAACUGCUUAGUCAAACGCUAAUUGUUGCUAAUUGCCAACGUUGGCACUAAUCACUUACAUACUUGUCUUAAGUGGAGCAUAUGUAAACGUAUAAUUCACAUAAUAGUUUUAAAAAAUAACUGCAAAUUUGUCUAAAUUCGUCGCUACUUAAUUGUAAGUAGGUUUAUGCUCUAAUUAAAUGUUAAUUAAAAUCUUUAACGGCUUUAAACGAUAGUCUACGAUUGUUACAUCACUAAUAAUCACUUAAUUUCAAGUGCAUUGUAUACUAAUACAAUUAUAGAAGUUAAAUAAUUCUUAUUUUAAAAAGUCUCCACAAAGUCUCCAAAAUGUAUUUCGUUAUAAAUAACUUAAUUUGAGUAUCUAAUUAUAUAUGCACUGUUUAGAAGUCCGCACAUAGCGUUUUUAAUGUCUCCAAAAAAGUCUCCAAAGUCUAUAUCAUUUCAACACAUCUAAAUUUAAGUCAAACAUAAAGUAAUAUGUCAUAAAAUGCCAAGAAAAAAUAAAAUUAGAAAGUCUCCAAAGAUGUUUGAAGCGUUAAAAUGCGCAGCUAAUAACUUUUUUUGUUGAACAUCUAGUACGAAUAUUUUCGAAAAUAUGAAUAUUAUCGAAAACGCUAGUUAAAUGGCAAUUAUUUAUAUAAAAAAGUAUUUAUAUGUACGAAAACUAUAUAUACUAUUAUAUAAGAAAUUGUAUAUUUAUUGAGCUAUAGUAUAUUAUUUCUUGUUUUUACAAAUUUACAGCUAUCGGUUUAUCAAAUUAUUUCAAAGCGUAUAUUUAUGAUUUCAAUUUGUAUUUAUAUUGUCAACUAUCUUUUAUACACCUAUUUCUAUUUUUAAUCAAAAGAUUGUUUAUAUUUGUAACUCAAUGUGACUACGAAUAUCUAUGGAUCUAUGUAUUCAUAUAUAUAUAUGUAUGUACAUAUAUGUAUUUACAAAUUGGUUUGAAGCGAAAUUCAUCAAAUGCGCUUUGAAGAACUUCAACAGUUUAAACAAUUUUUAAUAAAAAGUACAAUUAUUGUUAUAUAAUAUCAUCACA